AUGGGCGGUGCUGCUUCAUUCUUGCCAUUACUCGCUUUGCCAUUCAGCUUAUUUUUUGGUGUUGGUGAAAAACAUUGUGGUUCUGGAAGAUUUGCGCAACAUGAAACAGAUCAGAGGGUAAGGGAACUGGACGCAAUAGUGCAUACGGCGAGACAGGAAGCGGAAGAAGCGAGGCGCAGGGCGAAUGAUGCGGAAAGCAUAUCUAGAACAGCCCAAGCGGAGGCCGCAUUAUCACGGAGACGAGCCGAAACCGCGGAAAGAGCCAGGCGUGCAGCCGAUGAAACAAGAAGAAAUGCGCAGAGACGUCAGGAAGAACUGGCACGGGCGGUAGAUGAAGCUGAAGGAGCUCUUCGUAGAGCAGAGGAAGAGAGGCUCGCAAUUGAGCGCAGAUGGUUUGAAGGAGUUCGCCCCGAGUGUCGCCCCUCAGAUCAAGAUGUUGCUCGGAUGAGGGCCCGCUAUGGUUAUAGCCCAAACUUCGUUCACCUUGCAGUUGUUGGCUCCGCUGGAGCUGGGAAGUCAUCCUUCAUCAAUGCCGUCCGUGGCUUGUCCAAUAAUGAUCCCAUUGCCGCUCGUACGGGGAUUGUCGAAACUACCAAUACCGUCACAAGAUACCCCGAUCCACGCCCAAACUCCCAGAUCAUUUGGUUUGACGUUCCCGGAGCCGGCACUCCAAACGUGCCUGAUUGGCAGUAUUUCAAUGACAUGGGCCUCUACAUAUUCGAUUGCAUCAUUAUUCUCAUCAACAAUCGUGUAUUGGACUCCGACCUCGCCAUCAUCAGCGCCUGCGAGCAGUUCAGUACUGUUGAGGCGUUAAUCGUUCGCUCCAAGUCAGACCAACACAUCAAUAACAUGGUGCAGGACAGAAUGCCAAGAGGAUUCGACCCUUUAGAUCCUGACGUCGAUGAAGAGACACGUUCUCGUGUUCUGCGAAUCAGAUCUAAAGAACGGAGGAGGUUCAUCGACGAAACGCGCCAGAAUGUGCGAAUGAACCUUGAGGGCAGGAACCUCGCUCCUAGGAAUGUAUAUAUCAUUUGCAAGGACGCCGUGCUUGCGGCAAUGAGUAACUCACGCUCCUCAAAGACAAUUGACGAGGUAGAUCUUCAGAAUGAUGUCCGAGCAUGUGUGCGUAGGCGUCUGCAGUCUGGACGUUAA